AUGUAUUCUUCUACCUCGGUAAGCAGCAGUUUCACUACUGGCAGUUCUUUGACGACUACGGCUCUCCCACGUCGUCAUUCAAUCUAUGGAACCGGUGAAGAUAGGAUCGUGCUAGAUCUAGGAAGCUUAUAUAUUAAAGCUGGCUUUAGUGGUGAAUCUAGGCCAAGACACAUUGUUCCUGUGUUUGCUGGCAACAUGAAAACUCAUUGGGAUCCAGUUUUUAAUGGAAGUGGAGGCGUCGUGAAAGCUUGUGGAGAAGGCUGUAGAAUCAUUGGCGAGUUUGCUGAAUUAUACGACUUAGAAAUCGGAAAGUGUCCUGAAGAAUUAGAUGCUUUAUAUGAUCGUUUGGCACAUUAUUUAAGAGAGAUUUAUUUCAGGUACCUAUUAACUGAUCCUAAGCAGCGCAAAGUCGUAUUAUGCGAAUCACCGAUGAUGCCUUUAAAACUGAAACAACUGAUUGCAAAAGUGCCAUCUAUUUCUUUCGCUCCGUCACAUAUGUUAGCCUUGUUAACUACAGGCUGCACGACAGGUUUAGUAAUAGAUGUCGGGCAUUUAGAAACGACUGUGUUGCCAACAUUUUCUGCACGGCCUUUGACACCCUUUGUUCGUACAACUCCUUUAGCAGGCCGUGCAUUAACACAACGGCUCAAGGAAUUGAUUUCUGCUUAUGGUAGCAUGAUUAUUCCACCUUCGACGAACUUAGUACCUGUUCAUGCUAAAUACCUUACACCCGCUGUACUUGAAGAUAUUAAAACUCGGUUUAUUUUUGUAAGUCCAAUAACAGUUGAAGCAACUGUUGGAGUUGCUGAAAAAACGUUAGUUGAAGAUAUGGAAGAAAAGUAUUCUUCAGUUAGUUCCGCAACAGAUGUGUCAUAUCCUAUUACUAUAAGUAAAAAUGGCCGAGAACGACAAAUGGGAACUUUAAUUAUACCUAGUUGGAUUAGAGAGCGUUGUGCAGAAGUUCUUUUUGAAGGGGAUGAGGAUGAAUCUAGUAUAGUUGGAUGUGCACUCGAAUGUUUGUUGAAGACACCGAUGCAUCUACGUCGCCCCCUUUUUUCUUCAAUUCUGCUUAUUGGUGGUACUACAUUACUUCCCAAUUUUCAGCAAAGGUUUGCGCAAGAAGUCCUUCGUGCUUUGAAUAAAGAUCGAAAGUUUAAACCUUUAAGUGGACUUGCAGAUCAUUUUGAAUUUUUAGAGGACAAUGGAAGUGGUAAAGUUUUUGUGGCUAAUUGUCGAGCAUGGGUUGGUGGUAAUGUAUUUCAAAUUAAUUCACGUUUAAACGUUACUUACACUUUUACUUACAAUAAAUGUGUUACUUACCGAAUUUAUGAUAAUUCAGGUUCUUUAAUUGGAUCACUUAAAUCCACUGUUGUUGAAAUCACUAGAGAGAAAUAUAUGGGACAAGUACCUGAUUGGACAACAUCAGAUACAUUAUCAGCUGCACCAUAA